UCACAUGGGAACAAAAUUUGACGUUUAAACUGUCAUCGCAGGAAAAUAAAUGGAAGGUUCCUCAUAAAAAAUUCGAAAAAAUCCACAAAAAAGCUCACAAAUCCAACGAAAAAAGUUUAUUUUCACAAAUUUCGUAACACAUCGCAUGCUGUAAAAUUGCUCGAACGCAACUCAUGUGAUAAAAAAUAAUCUCCGCAAAUAAUGAAUAUUUUCUGCAACAUUGGAUGCAGUGGACAUGUAAAGCAAUUACUGACGCAACAUUUUACGCGAAAAAAUUCCUAAAAACCGCAAAAGAAAAAGACGACUUGGUAAUUAGUGACCUUGAACCGAUGAUGUCGCGAAACAAGCUGCUCAAGUUGCCCAUCCGCAAGACUGAACGCGAAAAUGCGGAAAAGUUCAAAAAUAUCAUGGGCCGCAACAAAAUCCUCACGAUAAACGGCCAGGAAUGGCAUAGCGAGCGCGAAGAUAUGCAGGAUCAGGGCGAAAUUGGGUACGGAACGUGUGGGCAUGUCCAAAAAAUGAUCCAUUUACCGACGGGCACCCCAAUGGCAGUGAAGCAGAUGCGUCGCAGCGGCAACGACGAAGAAAAUAAACGAAUCGCCAUGGAUCUGGAUGUCGUACUAAAAAGUCACGAUUGCCGGUAUAUCGUGCGUUGCUUCGGCUGCUUCAUUUUCGACUCGGAAGUGUGGAUUUGCAUGGAGCUGAUGGCAACGUGUUUCGAUCGUCUUUUGCGACACACAGACAACAAAGCGAUUCCCGAACGAAUUUUGGGCAAAGUCACGGUUGCCACAGUAAAAGCUCUGUCAUAUCUCAAAGACAAGCACGGCGUCAUUCAUCGCGAUGUCAAACCCUCAAACAUCCUAAUUGACACGCUGGGCAACAUCAAACUCUGUGAUUUCGGCAUCAGUGGUCGUCUCGUCGAUUCAAAGGCGAAAACUCGUUCCGCGGGAUGUGCGGCGUACAUGUCACCCGAACGCAUCGAUCCGAAACAGGGAAAUUACGACAUCCGAGCCGAUGUUUGGGCUCUGGGGAUUACGUUGAUUGAGCUGGCGACGGGAGUUUUGCCGUAUCAGGACUGCCAAACGGAAUUUGAGGUGCUGGCGAAAGUUUUGGGAUCAAGUCCGCCGAGAUUGCCCGCUGACAAGGGUUUUCACGAGGAUUUUCAUCGUUUCGUGAAUUUAUGUUUGACCAAAGAUUUCAAUGAUCGCCCGAAAUAUCAACAACUGCUGCAGGAGCCUUUUAUCACGUAUUACGAAAAUGCCCCCGUUGACGUCGCCAAAUGGUAUCAAUCGAUAAGUCAGUGUUUCGAAGCGAAUAAAACAGAAUUCGCGCCAAUUCCCACGAUAAGGCCUAAAUUUUCGCUUCCUCCAUCGCAAAUUCUCAACGGAAAUACGUCGUCGUCCGUGACUUCGAGCGGAAUUUCUUCGGGAAAUUCCAAUUUUGAGAUAAUGACGAGAAAUAUGUCGGAAUUUAAGUUUGCUCCGUUGAAUAGGACCCCAAAUUUAAGUGCGCGUCCUGAUCGGAGCUUAAGUCCGCCGAGUACGACAAAAACGCCGCCCGCACGACAACGACGCUUAGGUCUCAUUACCCCAGGUCGCAACUAUUGCAUUUGCGAUAUCAAGAGCAGCGUGGAGAAUUUGCAGGAAAAUACGAGUCCCAUACUGAUAAAACGGUAUUGCCAUCAACAAAGUCAGAUGUCUGUGGUGAACGGAGGCAACAAAAUGUGUCCCCGAUGCAAUGGCGGACGAAAAGCAUCGAGUGCAAAUGCCGCAAUUCCCGCAAAUAACUACUCGAAUGGCUUCAGUCCGUUACCGCAGCGACAAUUUUCGUACGAUUCGCCGCAACAUCAUGCUCCCUCACAUAUUCCUAGUCGGUUGUCGCGCGAAGAUACCGUGCCGCGACACCAUCGAUCGACCGAUACUUACCUAAAUUCAGAUUCCUGUGAUACAAAAGCCGCAUCUCCCGCCGUCGUCGCUCCGCACAUUUCGUCAAGUAGCAGCAGUAAUGCCAGCACAAUAACCAACAACAGCAGCAGUAACAGCAACUUUGCGACGCCUUUUCAGAAAUUUUUCGCAAAUGGAGCGUUGCCAUCGUCAAGUAACGCGACAACUCCAUCGACAAAUGGAAAUCGGGUACAUGCGAUGACGCAACUUUACCAGCAGAAAAUUGAGAUAAAGACAACGACAACGACGACAAUGAUGCAGGAAGUGACGUCGCCGCCUCCCCUGAAACCGCGAAGACUGCACGAAACGCCGCCUGAGCUGCCGAGACCAAGAAAGACGACGACGGAGGCACAACAGCAACAAAAUGGACAAACAAAUAGCAGCAUAAGCUUUUUGCAGAGCUUGAUUAAUCGAAAAAAUUCUUAAAAAGCUUUAAAGUGCUUGAUGGUGACUUGAUCAGUUCUUAAAAUAAGGAGAAUUGAUUCAAAGUCACUUUUUCCCGUUUCUUAAAAUUUGUUUUUUUUUUUUGAAUUGCUAUUUGUACUAUUACCCUACAAAAAAAUCUAUCUAAUUAAUUGAACGCUAAACUAUUUUUGAACAUUGAAAAAUAUAAAUUUAACGUGUAAAAAUAUGUAAAAUAUUUAUUAUAAAAAAAAAUGAGAGAAAAGCUUUGCAAUCAAGUGUAAAGGGAAAAAUAAAAAGGUUUCUUAAACGUUGAAAAGUAAGAAAAGUGCGGGAAAUUAUAAAAAAAUUAACAAAAUUUUGAAAAUAUUUUAAUUAAUUUUUUUUUGUUGAUUUUUGAACUCUUAUUGAAUAAGUGAUGAUUUUAAUUUAAUUUUUUUUUUAUUUAAUUUAAAAUAA